CUCGGUCGGAGCGGAUUAACUGCUCCGUUUGGGGGGGCGGUGGCCUUGUCUGUUUCCCCAGAUCCACGGCUCGUGUUCAACAGCCCGGACUUGGUCUUGUCGAUUGCACUCUCUACUGCGUUGGUCUUGACAGAUUCACCACUGUAAUCCUCGAGCUCUGUCUGAUUCCUGCGUGACGAGUUCCCGGUUUGGUGGCGCCGCGCAUCUUUUGACCCCGAUUUCCCCUGAGUCUCCCCCUCCCUCCUCUCGACAACAUAACCAUCGCCAUGGCCUCCAGUUCUGGGGUAGGUUCGUAUUCGAACCCUUUGAAGAAGUUCAAGCUGGUCUUCUUGGGAGAACAGAGCGUUGGCAAAACUUCCUUGAUCACCCGUUUCAUGUACGACUCGUUCGACAACACAUACCAGGCCACCAUCGGCAUUGAUUUCUUGUCCAAGACGAUGUACUUGGAAGACCGGACCGUCCGCCUUCAGCUUUGGGAUACCGCCGGUCAAGAACGAUUCCGCUCCCUGAUUCCUUCCUACAUUCGAGACUCGAGCGUCGCAGUCGUGGUUUAUGAUAUUUCCAAUGCCAAAUCCUUCCAAAACACCCGGAAAUGGAUCGACGACGUCCGUGGAGAGCGUGGGAAUGACGUGAUCAUCGUGCUGGUGGGCAACAAGACCGAUUUGAACGACAAGCGCGAAGUUACCACGGCACAGGGUGAGGAGGAGGCAAAGAAAAAUGGCUUGAUGUUCAUUGAAACCAGUGCCAAGGUCGGACACAAUGUGAAGCAGCUGUUCCGGAGGAUUGCCCAGGCUUUGCCUGGAAUGGAUGGCGAGGCUAAGCAGGGUGAAAGCACAAUGAUCGAUGUCAACAUCCACCCCAAGGAAACUACCAGCAACGAGGGCUGCGCUUGCUAAAUGACCUCCGAUCCAUCCUUUUCAUUUACACAUUUCUCGACCGAUAAUGAAAAUCGAGUCCGUCCAUGAUAUUGCCCCGAUUCCUUUAAGAUGUACAUGUUCCCCCCCUCCACUUUCUCCUUUGCUCGUCAGGUGAAUAGCGUGCGUUUAGAUCUUUCAGUGUUGAAUGCGGCUGUUAGGUUCUCAAUUUUCCCUUUGGUGAGCUCUUGCGCGGCGGGUGGGCGUUCUGAUUUCUGUGUACUCCACACUACAUACUAUCCUGUCACCUUGAUCAUACUGGAUGACCGCUUCUCUUUAUUUCCGGGCUGUCCAUGACCACUCCGGUCCUAUAAGUUAACAUAUUUGGUAUGGUAUAGUCUAUGAAACUGUACAAUAUAAUAUCUUCACGGCAAUGCAGUGUUCUGAAAGUUGAAG